UUAUGCAAAUAAUCAUUAGACAAUUGUAGCAGGAAGUUUCAGUAGGAAAAAAUCCCCCACCAGUUUCUCUGAGUUCCUCAUUCUGUGUAACAGUCCAUGUCGACUGGCUGAUGCACUUGUCGAGCCAAAUACCACCAGUCUUUCUGUCCGUCCACCAGUCUGUCAGUCUGUCUGAUGAGGAACACAGAGAAGAACUAAAAGACUUCUUCACAGUGGACAAACUGUUUCUCUAACCAGGGAUACACACUAAGAAGGGCAGUAUGGGCUGUAUGAAGUCCACGCUGAGCGAAGGUCUGAGCGGAGGAGUGGAGGGGAAGAGCAGCCAGCAGACUGUACGUACCGACCACACGCACUAUGUCAGAGACCCCACCUCCAAUACAAAAGACAACAUAAAUAACUCCCUGUUACCUGGUCAGGUGUUCCAAAAGCUGGAAGAGCAAAAUGCGGUUUGUAAAAUUGUGAUCAGCAUUUACCCGUAUGAAGCUGCGCAUCCUGAUGACUUAGGAUUCAAGAAAGGAGAAAAGAUGAAAAUCUUAGAAGAACAUGGAGAAUGGUGGAAAGCAAAGUCAUUGACAACCAACAAAGAAGGAUUCAUUCCGUGCAAUUAUGUUGCCCAAGCUGACACCAUGGAAACAGAAGAGUGGUUUUUCAAGGACAUCACAAGAAAGGAUGCAGAAAGGGAGCUGUUGGCGCCAGCAAACAAACCAGGCUCUUAUCUUAUCAGGGAAAGUGAAACAUCAAAAGGAAGUUACUCAUUGUCCAUCAGAGACAUGGAUGCCCAGGGAACAGAUUCAGUCAAACACUAUAAAAUCAGGAAGCUGGAUAAUGGCGGCUACUACAUCUCUCCUAAAAUCUCCUUCAGCAACAUUGGCAGCAUGAUCAAACACUACCACAACAAAGCGGAUGGCCUGUGUCGUAAACUGGACCGCGCAUGUGUGAAACCCAAAGCUCAGAAGCCGUGGGAUAAAGAUGCCUGGGAGAUUUCCAAAGAUUCUAUUAAGAUGGUGAAGAAACUCGGAGCAGGGCAGUUUGGAGAAGUCUGGAUGGCUUACUACAACAACACAACCACAGUGGCGGUGAAGACGCUGAAGCCAGGCACCAUGACAGUCGAAGCCUUCAUGGAAGAAGCCAACGUCAUGAAGACGCUGCAGCACAACAGGCUGGUGCGGCUCUACGCUGUUGUCACCAAGACACCACCCAUCUAUAUCAUCACUGAGUUUAUGGCAAAUGGGAGCCUACUAGACUUCUUAAAGAGCGAUGCAGGAUGCAAACUGCAACUACCCAAGCUCAUCGAUUUCUCAGCGCAGAUAGCAGAGGGCAUGGCGUACAUAGAGAAGAAGAAUUACAUACACAGAGACCUGAGAGCAGCUAAUGUCCUGGUGUCAGAGAGCCUGAUCUGUAAAAUAGCUGACUUUGGCCUGGCAAGAGUCAUAGAGGAUGACGAAUACUCUGCCAGAGAGGGAGCCAAAUUCCCCAUUAAGUGGACCGCUCCAGAGGCCAUAAACUACGGAUCCUUCACGAUCAAGUCAGACAUGUGGUCCUUUGGAGUUCUGCUCUAUGAGAUUAUAACCUACGGGAAAAUCCCAUACCCAGGUAUGACUAAAGGAGAGGUGAUAUCCUCGGUGCAGCGCGGCUACCGGAUGCCUCAGCCCGACAGCUGUCCCGCUGAGCUCUACGAGAUCAUGAUGUCCUGCUGGAAGAACAAACCUGAAGACAGGCCCACCUUUGAGUACUUGCAGAGUGUCCUGGAUGACUUCUACACCGCCACAGAGGCACAAUACCAGCAACAACCAUAAAGAGGGACACUUUCAGCUGGACAAACAAUCACAAUCACUCCAGAUUAUGAUUGGAGCUAAUUUAGAUUUGUUUUUAAUUUUGUAAUAUUUUGUAUAUAUGACACAAUAUAUAUAUCUUUAAUAUUUGCUUAAUAACAUACAAUAUGCAGGUCCCAUAAAAUAGUUUAAUCUCUCCUCUAACUGUAUUCAGGGGAAAAGCAGGGAUGGAUUUUGCACAAAAUUGAUAAAAACAGAAAAAUAGAUAGAGAAAAUGCGUUAUUUUCUUUUUACUUUUUGACACUAGAGUUUUGUGCCUAGGCAUUUAAGUAUUUGGACCAAAUCAAUUUCAAUAUGUGUUUUUGUACAAAUGGAAUGAACAAACAGCUGACAUCAUACAAUGAGUUUACAAAGGCAGGAUAAAAAUAGGAGUGUCUUCAUUUCUGUACAAACAGUCUGAGUCUGUAAAUAAUGUGACAGAAUGGGAAAAGGGACAUGCUGCAUGUACAUUAAGAAUAGCACUUCUGGUCACCUUUUCAUAUUGAGCAAACAUUUCGAGAUCAAAGCAUUAAUUUCAACAUGAUAAUGUCUCAUUUUAUUGGUGUUUUUUAAAUGACUGAAUUGUUCUUUGAUCAUGUAUUCACAAAACCUGAGGCCCAUCUCCUACUGUAGGCUGUAACUAGUGGUUGCCUUUUUUCAAGUAGAAAACUUAAAUCUUCCAUCUGCCCUAUGUGUGAAGGGCUGCAUUAUAUGUUGUGAUGUUCAAUAAUAACAUUUCCAUUUGGGUUGAUAGUAGAGGAGGAUAUUACAAAAAUAUAUACAUGUAAGGUUAUGACUAUCCAUUUUACAUUUCAUGCGAAAUAUUUCAAUUAUUUCAUAAGCUGCUCUACCAAUGGGAAUGGGGUUUGUUCUUUCAUUGACCAGUGAAGGAUUGGUCACCUUAAAGUCCACUUCAUAUUGAAGUGCUGUAGCUCUUGCUUUUUUGUUUGUUUGUU